UGUAAAUAUACUGUAUCUACAUGUAUCUCUCUACAGAAUGUAGAAUAUAUGUUUGGAAUAGUUGGUGUUCCAGUCAUUGAAGUAGCUAUGGCAGCUCAAGCCUCAGGAAUCAAUCCAGGUGCGUGUCUGGUUGUGUCUGGACCGGGACUCAUCCAUUCACUUGGUGGAAUGGCCAACGCUAACAUGAACUGCUGGCCUGUGAUUGUUAUUGGAGGCUCCUCUGAUCAAAACCAAGAGACCACUGGGGCGUUUCAAGAGUUUCCACAGGUGGAGGCAUGCAGAUUGUACAGUAAGUUCUCUGCUAGGUCUAGCAGUCUGGAUAUGAUCUCCUCAGUGGUAGAGAAGGUAUACAGUCUACUCUGACUCCCUCUGUGUAGUCCUCUUCAUAUCAUUUGGUAUCACCUGCAAUUGUCUGUUUUCUGACCUCUAAUUUUCCAGCUUAGCAAGGUACCUUAACUGCUUCAUAAGAGCACAGCACAGCCUUAAUUGAUCUGAAUGGAAGGGUGUUUGGUCUGUCUAAGGCAGCACGCAAUAGCAUGUAUGGAAGUCCAGGUGCUGUAUACGUAGACAUAUCUGGGGACAUGGUCAAUGCUAAAUUGGACAGGAGCAGAGCCAGAGAGGUGCCCUGUAGUCCACCUCCUCCUGUGAGUAUGGCUGACCAUAUGGCGAUCACAGAAGCACUGGCGGUCCUGAAAGGAGCCAAACGGCCUUUACUCAUCAUUGGCAAAGGUGCAGCCCAUGGAAGAGCAGAGGGUGCUCUGAAGGAGCUGGUGGAGGGGUGUGACCUGCCCUUCCUGCCCACCCCCAUGGGUAAAGGGGUGCUGCCUGACAAUCACCCCAACUGUGUUGCUGCUGCCCGCUCCAGAGCUCUGCUCCAGUCUGAUGUUGUGGUCCUCCUUGGUGCCAGGCUCAACAAUAUUCUUUUUUAAAGAAACAAGCAUUGA